AUGCAGCCGCAUUCUUUGUCAAAUGAAUCCGCAAGCUAUGGUAACAAUGGGAUCGUCUCGGGCGAUGAAGUCAUCCCACCACAAUUCGACCCGACGGUCCCCCACGCUAGUAACACCUCUUACCGCAUCUAUCCUUUCCAGCCGUCCUUCACGCCAUUCCCCGGUGGUCUUCCGGAGGGGGGAGGGGAGGGGAGGUACCCGAUCUGUGGGGGCCUCCACCCCACCGAAGCGACUUUAGAAGGCCCCGUGAGGCCGGACAGACCCAUCCUUGAUAACGAAGAAGAGAACGACGGGCAAGCGGGGUGGCGGCAAGGUGGGCUGGAAGGGCUUAGGUUUAGCGCGUCGGUGGUGGGCUGGCCUCGGCAGGAUCCGCUGUCGGUUUUGACCGGCGUGGAUCCGGUCACGAUGGCGCUGCGGCGGCGGCGUCAGCAAGAGCAGAACGGGGAGCCCGCGACCCCUUUAUCCCCGCGAACCCUGCAGGCCGCGAUGCGCGCGGCCGCGGGGGUCGGCUUCGGGAUGUCAGAGAACCCUCUUCAUCACCUCACCGUCGACGACGUCCUCGCGCCGGUGCCGUUGGCGCUAACGUGGUAUCCCACCCCGGCGCCCCACACCAUCCUCCACGGCGAUCGAAAACGGCAGGACGAGGAAGGGCCGGAGGAGGGGCCAAUGCGAAAAAAACAUCGCGUGCAGGCCGCGGACGAGGUCAUGGCCUCGCUCCCGCAGCCGGGGAACCCUCCCGGGGUGAUGGGGUGCUUUCCGGAUGGAAACUUUGCCGGGGCCGUACAAUCUGAAACCGCGCAGCCACCGGUGCCGUGUGGGCUACCCCUUUUUACACCUACGAACAACGAGCUGGAGUUGGAGCAAAGUGCUCCUGUACAGCAGUUGUCCCUGAUUGGGAGAGGAAGCGCGGAAGAUGGGGCCCAGGGGAAUCGUGCGGGGAUGACGGGCAAACGGCAACGGGAUGAAAACGUGUUUGAGUUUGUUACCCGUGGCCCUCGCUUUCACUGA